UACAGGUAUUUCGGAGCCACGUGUUUCGGUAGUUGACGGAAGUCCACUUCCACCCGCCAGGAUGGUGAGUGCCUACAUCCAUCGUGACUUUGAUCAUCCAUCUGGUGACCUCUCCAUCCUGCUUAUGUCAUGGGGACAGUUUAUUGACCAUGACAUGACACUCGCAGCGCCACCUAGAGAUGAGAACGACCUUGACUUUGUUUGUUGUGGGAUACCCAAGGAGCAACAGCAUCCGAACUGCAUGACCAUCGACAUCCCACCUGAAGACCCCUUUUUCUCCCGCUAUGGGCAGUCCUGUAUGGAAUUCAAGCGCGCUCUUGCUGGCCACAGACCCGGAUGUGCCCUCG